CCCAAGUUUCUCUGACCCCCACAUUCCUCUAGUGGCUCGUGAGAUCAUGCAGCGAAUGAUCCACCAGUUCGCUGCCGAAUAUACCUCAAAAACUACUCAGGAAGACCUGCCCCUGCCCAACGGCACCAUGAAGGACCAAAGCCUGUCGAGAGCGGUGUCUCUGGCCCCGGCCCCGAGCUCCCCGGUCGGGCCCACGCCCAGCUCCCCUCCAUCGUCUGCCUCCUCCUCUCCGUCCCCGACUCCGGGAGCCGGCUUUAGCCCCACCUCCGCUGCUAUCACCUCAGCGCCCACCGGCAUCCAGAGCAGCAACGGGACAGGAGUUGGCAUCAUCGGAGGAGGAGGAGGUACGGCUGCUGCCUCUGCACAGAACCCGGUCCUCAGCAAGCUUCUCAUGGCGGACCAGGACGGGCCGCUGGACCUCACCGUCAGAAAGGCCCAGGCGGAUCAGGAGCCCAGCCAGCAGGACGGUGUCUUGGACCUCUCCACCAAGAAGAACAACAGCAGCAGAGGCCCCAAAACUCUGACAGGCUUCACCCUCACACCUGGGGACAAAGGACAUUUGCUGAAGGCAGAGCGCACCCUGUCAGAAGUAGAAGAAGAGGAUGGCCUACUGCAAAAAAGUUUGCAGGAUGGACUGAGGGAGAGCUACGUCAUCUCCAACUCCUUCAAGCCGCCGCUGGCCCGCUCGCUGCGCAUCAAGGAGGAGCUACUUAGCCAGAAGCACCGCCUGUUAAGCCAGCCAGCAGCUCUUUCUUUGGCCAAUCUAGAGUCGGCUGGUUUGCUUAAUCAUGGCCAAUCCCACUCCUUACUUAGUCAAAAGGGCUCCGCUUCUCUCUGGGAAAGCAAGGCUCACCUCGAAAGCCUGAUGAAGCUGAAGCAGGCUGGUGGAGCUCUAAACGACCUCAAAGACCUGCCUACAUUCCUGGAAAAUCACCACCACAACCACCAUGGAGCCUUCUCAUAUAAGAGUUCCCUGCACCAACACAGCCACAAUCAGGUGUCUAAGGCUCAGCAUCACCUCAACGAAGGCAAGAGAGAGCAAGGCCAUUCGCCGCCCGUCGACCUAAAGAUCCCACAAGUACGGGGAAUGGAUCUUUCCUGGGACUCCCAUGCCUCUGAGCUGUACGGUUAUGGAGCCAUGGGGGUCGGGGCAGGCGGCCAUGGUGACAACAGUCUGAGUCGAAAGCUGAGAGCCAUCCUACCCAAGCAGAACCGUCGGGGUGGAAGUCUGGGAAGCCUGCUGGACGGAGCCGCCGAGUACUGGAACUCUGACCUGGACAGUUCCACCUCGGGGCCGGCGUACUCUAUCUCUGACGUGGAAGUGGACCCAAGCUCAAAGCAGCCAAGGAAGAAGAGGGGCCGUUAUCGGCAGUACAACAGUGAGAUUCUGGAGGAAGCCAUAGCAGUAGUGAUGAGCGGGAAGAUGAGCGUGUCUAAGGCGCAGAACAUGUACGGCAUCCCUCACAGUACCCUUGAGUACAAGGUAAAGGAGCGCAUGGGAACCCUGAAGAACCCCCCAAAGAAGAAGCUCAAGCUGAUGAUGAAGAUGGAAGCAGGAGGCCAGGAAUUCGCGGGGGAGCCGGAUAACGCGUCAACGACGACCCCGCGAGACGACAGCCUGGCGCUAGCUGCCUCCGAGCUCAAGGAAAACACAAAGGAGAAAACUGAUGACGAAUCCAAACCAAUGGACUAAACAACCCACACAUGUUAAACCUCAGUCACGCGGCUUAUGUCAAUUUAAACACGGACGGGGCUUUCUUUUGUGCCAAUUUACUUUGCAGUAUCUGGGUGAGCACAAACGGAGGGAUGGUAUGAGGAGGUCUCCUAAAUAAAAAAAACAACGAACUGCAGAGAAACAUCUAAUCAGACACCUUGUGAUCCGCAGCACCCGCCAGGUGCUGAACAAGCAUUUGUUUAGCUUUUAUAUCCAAAGCUUAACAAAUACCACUAAGGACAUUAGUUCAAUGACAAUUUAUGGAAAUUCCUUAAGCAUGCUGAUAAUC